AUGCUGCCGGCUUUUUCUGCUGCAGGCUUCCUCCUCCGCCCCAAGGAAAUCUCCGCCUUUUACACCUGCACUCUUCACGCCCGAAAGGAACAGCAACACAAACAUCGUGCCUUUCUUCAAUUCCUCCGCCGCAUCGGUAAAGCCUCCAGAACUCCCAAAGAUGUACUCUUCAUCAUUAGAGAUGUGAAACCACGUCUCCUCGCUUCUUACGACGUCCUUGACUACUGUAACAAUAAGGAAGACUGCUUCCUUAAGAGAAUGAUCGUCGACGACUGCUUCACCUUAAAGGUCAUGCUCGCCGAAAAGAGGAUCGUCGCAGGGGAAGGGAGCGAAUACGACCUUUACGAUUCUGUUUUUGGAGCUAUGAGAAAAUCAAAAUUUUUUUUGCUUUCAGAUCUCAAACAAGACAAGUUACUCUUCAAGAACCAGAUUUCAUUUUUAGCCCUCACUAUUUUGGCAGCUGUGGAUGGUUCGGGGAUUGUAGAUAUAAGUUCUCUAAUAAAAAAUUUCUACAUCUUUUUGGAUUUAUCUGCUUAUGGGUUAACUGACCAAGUCUUGAGGAGGCUAACCGAAAGUAGCUGUCACAUCUUGGAUCUUUACGGAAAGAUCUUCACAAGUGCGGGAGAGUACCUUCCGAGCAAUGUGAAGAAUUUACAAUCAGCUACAGAACUCAGAAAUGCUGAAAUAUCAUUCCUUAAGAGCAACACUAAGUCCUUUAGAGACACAAGUUUUAAUGACGACGUUCUAUCACUACCGCCGCUAGACAUUGAUGACAACACUGAGUCAAUCCUGUUCAAUCUCAUGUCCUUCGAGCACUUGCAUAUGGCUCCAACCAACGAAGUGACAACGUACGUCUUUUUCAUGGAUGGACUCAUCAAAUCUAUCGACAAUGUUGCUUUGUUAAGGACUGAAAAGAUUAUUAUGGGGUGGGUGGGCUAUGAUGAAAAUAUAGUCACCCUGUUUAACAGGAUUAAAAAGGGAGCAACUUUGACUGUUAACACAGUUGAUAUACCGGUCGAUGUGAAUAGUAGGCUGAAUAGUUACUGUAAUAAAAGGAUGCACUGGCGGAGGGCGGCGAGGGCGAUCCUUGUUCAGACAUAUCUUCAGAAUUGGGACUUCACCUCAUUCUCAACACAUCUUAAGAAUCCUUGGGUCUUCACCUUUUUAGACGAUUCAUUUUUCAUGGCUCUAUCUAUAAUUCAGACUGUGUACACUGUCCGACAGUUUUAUCAAUGCUCAUGUUAG